CUCCUGCAAUUGAGAUCUACUCUCAUAGCGGCUGGGAGGCAGUCGGGGGCUUGUGACUUGGCUGCUUGGGAGAAGUUUGGAAAAGGGGGAAAACGACAAGCCGCAGACGUGUGCACUUUCAGAUUUCAAGUGAACGUCACCCCACAGUGGAUUUCUGUCCUAAUUUGUUUACUUCUAAUAUUUAAAAAUGUUCAGUAUCCCCUUUACGCGGGUGCUGGUGGUGCUUUGUAUCGGCAGCGCUGUGAACUGUAUGCCGAAGGGGACAGGGAAAACCAGGCGGCAGGUUGCCAAUAUACCUUCUGCAUCGUCGGUGUCUCAAGACGGAUGCAUGGAGAAUGGGCAGUUCUAUGAGCUUAAUGACCAGUGGGAGCGGUCCUAUCUGGGCAAUAUGUUGAUCUGCACUUGUCACGGUGUGGCAGGAAUCAAGUGUAAAUCGAAACCCGAAGCUGUGGAAACCUGCUAUGACAAGAUCAAUGGCCAGUCAUACAUGGUGGGUGAGACCUACGAGAGACCCAAGGAUGGGAUGAUCUGGGACUGUACGUGCAUUGGCUCUGGCAGAGGGAAGAUCAGCUGCACCAUUGCAAACCGCUGUCAUGAGGGAGGCCAGUCCUAUAAGAUAGGAGACACCUGGAGGAGGCCUCAUGAGACAGGCAACUAUAUGCUGGAGUGUGUCUGUCUGGGAAACGGCAAGGGGGAGUGGACCUGCAAACCUGUCGCGGAGCGUUGCUAUGACAACACGGCGGGGACCUCCUAUGUCGUUGGAGAGACAUGGGAGAAGCCGUACCAGGGCUGGAUGAUGGUGGACUGCACCUGCUUAGGCGAAGGCAGUGGGCGCAUCACCUGCACCUCCAGAAACCGCUGUAAUGACCAGGACAUGUUGGCGUCCUACCGUAUUGGAGACAGCUGGACCAAAACUGAUGACCGGGGGCAUAUGCUACAGUGUCUGUGUACUGGGAACGGACGAGGGGAGUGGAAGUGUGAGAGACAUGCCUCGCUCCACACCACGGGUCUGGGCACCGGCUCACGUGUGGUCACCAACAUCCAACCAGCGGUGUUCCGGCCAGAGGGUCUCCCAGAGCUGGCCCAGGAGGGAGCUUGUCCGACGGACACAGGGGCAGCCUACUCCCUGGGCAUGCGCUGGAUCAGGAGCCAAGGCAGCAAGCAGAUGCUGUGUACUUGCCUGGGCAACGGGGUCAGCUGUAAAGAGUGGGAGGGCCCAUCCCCAGUGUACGGAGGGAACUCUGACGGCCAGCCCUGCGUGUUCCCCUUCGUGCACAAGGGAAAGACCCACUACUCUUGCGCGCCCGACGGGCCUCAAGGGCAGCUGUGGUGUUCCACCUCCUCCAACUACGACGCCGACGAGAAGUACUCCUUCUGUACAGAGAAGAACGUCAUGGUGACAACCAGAGGUGGGAACUCCAACGGUGCCCUGUGCCAGUUCCCCUUCCUGUAUAACGGUCACAACUACACAGACUGUACCGCCGAUGGACGCCGCGAUGGCAUGAUGUGGUGUGGAACCACCUACAACUAUGAUGGGGAGCAGCGUUUUGGCUUCUGCCCCAUGGCUGCACAUGAAGAGGUUUGCACAACCAGCGAAGGGGUGAUGUACCGUGUGGGUGACCAGUGGGACAAACGCCAUGACGUCCUGGAUCACAUGAUGCGAUGCACCUGUGUCGGGAAUGGUCGAGGGGAAUGGAGCUGCCUGGCCUACUCUCAGCUCAAAGACCAGUGUAUUGUAGACAGCUUGACCUACGAGGUGAACCAACCCUUCACCAAGCUCCACGAGGAGGGAUAUCUGAUGAACUGCACCUGCUUUGGACAGGGUCGUGGGCGUUGGAAGUGCGACGCCAUUGAUCAGUGCCAGGAGCCGGAGACUAGAACUUUCUACCAGAUCGGCCAAUCCUGGGACAAGCUUAUCCAUGGCAUCCUCUACAAGUGCUAUUGCUACGGCAACGGGAUCGGAGAGCUGAGUUGCGAGCCGCAGCAGUCUUACCCAGGUGGUAACCGCCCUGUCCAGGUGAUCAUCACAGAGUCUGGCAACCAGCCCAACUCCCACCCCAUCCAAUGGAAUGCCCCUCAGUCCGCCCACAUCACCCAGUAUGUCCUCAAAUGGCGACAGAAGGGCACCAGUAGUCCGUGGCGUGAGGUGAACAUCCCCGGGCAUCUCAACUCCCACACUAUCUCUGGCCUGAGGCCUGGCAUCACCUACGAGGGUCAGCUGAUAAGCGUGCUGCGUUUCGGGCGCCGUGAGGUCACACGCUUUGACUUCACCACCAACUACGGCUCCUUGGCCACAUCAGAAGGAGAGACCACCCAGCUCCCUCCGAUGGUGGACACCUCUGAGUCUGUGACAGAGAUCACCUCCAGCAGCUUUGUCAUUUCCUGGGUGUCGGCAUCCGACACCGUGUCUGGCUUCAGGGUGGAGUAUGAGCUCAGUGAGGAGGGCGGCCAGCCCACCGUCCUCGAUCUGCCCCACACGGCCACGUCUGUCAACAUCAACGAGCUGCUGCCGGGGAGGAAGUACACGGUCAACGUUUACGAGGUCACACCUGCCGGAGAGCCCAACCUCAUCCUCACUACCUCGCAGACCACUGCUCCUGAUGCCCCCUCUGACCACGAGGUGGAGGAUGUGGGAGAGAGCUCCAUCAUAAUCAGCUGGGACAAGCCCCUGGCCCCCAUCACUGGCUACCGUGUGGUAUACACCCCAUCAGUAGAAGGCAGCAGUACAGAGCUGACCUUGCCCGACACUGCAACCUCUGUGACCCUGAGUGACCUUCGACCAGGGCUGCUCUACAACAUCAGCAUCUUUGCUGUAGAGGACAGUCUAGAGAGCGAGCCUAUCUUCGUACAGGUCAACACAGCUGGAGACCCACUUCCAGAGGAGGUGAAUUCCCCUACAGACCUGCAGUUCUUCGAGGUGACCGAUGACAAGAUCACUUUGACCUGGACUGGACCCGCUGCUGAGGUGUCUGGCUACCGCGUCACUGUGGCCCCUGUGGGUGAGGAUGGGAAACCCCAGAGAGAGAUGGACUUGCCUACCACUCACAACGGCUACGCUGAGGUGAACCACCUGCAGCCUGGGACGGUCUACCGGUUCGCCAUCUACACCCUGAAGGGUUCGCAGGCCAGCCAGCCACUGGUGGGGGAGCAGGCUACCAAGCCGGACUCCCCAGGCAACGUCCACUUCAGUAACGUGACCGAGGACAGUGCUGUGAUGGUGUGGUCCGCUCCCAGGGCCAAGGUGACGGGUUACCGUCUCUUCCUGACUGUGGAGGGCUCCAACCCCAAGCAGCUCCGCCUGCCCUUCAGGCUGACCCAGUACACCCUGCUCAACCUGCGCCCCGACAGCCUGUACACCGCCACACUGCACACCGAGCAGGGCAACAGCCUCAGCGAGGGCGCCUUCGCCACAUUCUCCACCGCCCCACCCAUGGGCAACGCCCCUCGGUUCAACACGGACGUGACGGACAGCUCCAUCAUCAUCACCUGGAGCCCCGUACCCCGCAUUGGAUACAAGUUGACAGUGAGGCCCAGUCAGGGUGGAGAGGCACCCAGGGAUGUGACCUCCAGCUCGGGCAGUAUUUACAUCUCUGGCUUGACGCCCGGCGUGGAGUACACCUACAGCGUCCAGCCAAUGUUCGACGGCGAGGAGCAGGGCAACCCUGUGACACGCCGAGUUGUCACAUCUUUGUCACCGCCCACUGACCUGAACCUAGAGUCCCACCCGGACACAGGAGAGCUCCACGUCCAAUGGAACGGAGCGUCAACUCCAGACAUCACCGGCUACAGAGUGACAUGCAACCCGACCAAUGGGCAGCGCGGGAACUCAGUGGAGGAGUUUGUGAAGGCGGACCAGAACUCGUGUACCCUGGAGAACCUGAGUCCGGGCGUGGAGUACAAUGUCAGCGUGUUCACCGUCAAAGACAGCAUGGAGAGUGUGCCAGUCUCUACCACCAUCACCCAAGACGUGCCUCAGCUAACUGACCUCAGCUUCGUGGACGUCACCGACACCACCAUCGGCCUGCGCUGGAGCCCGCUCAACUACACCGCCGUCACUGGCUACAGGAUCACAGUGGUGGCGGCGGGCGAUAGUGUGCCCAUGUUCGAGGACAGGGUGGAGCCCACGUCGGGCUACUACACCAUCUACGGCCUAGAGCCCGGCAUCGGCUAUGACAUCAGCGUCAUCACCUUGACAGAGAGUGGCGAGAGCGAGCCCACCACCCUCACUCAGCAGACUGCUGUCCCAGCCCCAACAGACCUGCUGUUUGGAGAGGUGGGUCCAAACACCCUGCAGAUUAGCUGGUCCAAGCCCGCUGCCCCUAACCCCGCCCAUAUCGAUGCCUACCUGGUCAGGUACCACCCCAUCGACGAGGACGAUGACACCACUGAGAGCAGUGUGGGAGGCAACGCCAACAGUGUGGUCCUGAGGAACCUGAUACCCAACACAGAGUACCUGGUGAGCGUGGUGUGUGUGUACGAGCAGCGCGAGAGCUCCCCGCUCGUGGGAAAUCAGAAAACAGCUCUGGACUCUCCCUCUGGCCUGCGCUUCUCCGAGAUCCUGACCACCUCCUUCACCGUGCACUGGCACCCUCCAGAGGGCGCCAUCACGGGCUACCGCCUGCGCUAUCAGAUGUCCAGCGGGGGCCGGGCUAAGGACGAAAGGCUGCCCCCCUCCAGGAACCACUUCACCCUGACCGGCCUGACCCCCGAGACAGAGUACCAGGUCAGCAUCUAUGCUGUCAGCGCACGCCUGGAGAGCAAGCCCCUCACCGGAGAGCAGAAAACCAUUUCUGAUGCCCCUACAGACCUGGAGGUGGUCUCCUCCUCCCCCACCUCCAUCACCAUCCGCUGGGACGCCCCCUCUGUCACCGUCCGGUAUUACAGGAUCACCCAUGGAGAGUCUGGAGGCAACAGCCCCACUAAGGAGUUCACGAUCCCUGGCUCCCAGUCCACCGCGACCAUACAGAGCCUCCGGCCUGGGACUGAGUACACCGUCACUGUGUACGCCGUCACCGGCAGAGGAGACAGUCCCGCCUCCAGCACCCCCAUCUACGUCACACACAAGACAGACAUUGAAUCUCCGUCUGAGAUGGAGGUGACGGAUGUGAAGGACAGCUCCAUCACAGUGCGCUGGAGCCCAGCCCAGGGGCCCAUCCAGGGCUACAGGGUGACCGGCGUCCCCCGCAACGGACAGGGCCCCUCCUUCACUGAGGUGGUCGCCCCAGACCAGACAGAGAUGACGUUCUCAGGGCUGAUGCCAACGGUGGAGUACAUCCUGAGUGUGUACGCUCUGGGACAGGACGGAGAGAGCCCACCCCUGGUCGAGACCGUAGUCACCAUGGUGGACCGUCCCAAGGACCUGACCUUCUCCGAUGUUGACUCCACCUCCAUGCGCAUCGUGUGGGACAGCCCUGACGGCGCGGUGACCUCCUACCGCGUCCUGUACUCCAGCUCCGAGGAGGGCGAGAGAGAGCUGCGCCCCGCUCCCCGCGGAGAUGCCGAGUCAGCAGAGAUCCACGGCCUGCGUCCUGGAAGCGAAUACACGGUGAAGGUCAUCGCCCUUCAUGACCGCACAGCCAGCCCCGCCUUGGUGGGGACACAGGCCACAGCGAUCCCUGCUCCCACAAACCUGCAGUUCUCUCAGGUUGGCCCCACCUCCUUCAGUAUCACCUGGACCACGCCCACCGCCAGGCUGACGGGAUACCGUGUGGUCGUCAACCCCAAGAGCAAGACCGGGCCCACCAAGGAGAUCAAUGUGGCACCCGACACUGCCCAGGUCUACAUCCCCGGACUCAUGGUUGCAACUACCUAUGAGGUGCAGGUCUAUGCUCUGAAGAACUCUCUGACCAGCCGACCUGUCCAAGGGGAAGUCACCACAUUGGACACCAUCAGCCCUCCUCGUCGUGUGCGUAUCUCAGACGUGAAGGACUCCUCCAUCACCCUAACCUGGCGCUCCAAGACUGAGACCAUCUCUGGCUUCCUGGUUGAGGCCACGCCCACCACCGGCAGCAUGACCCCCAUCCAUAGGACCAUCGCCCCAGAUUCACGAUCUUACAGCUUCACAGGUUUGCAGCCUGGCACUACCUACAAGAUCAACAUCUACACUCUGAAUGGCAACGGGCGCAGUUCCCCCUUCACCCUCACUGCCACCACAGCCAAGCCGGUGGUGGUCCCUCCCACCAACAUCCGCUUCACCUCGCUGACGCCCAGCAGCGUGUCGUUCACCUGGGAGCCGUCCAGGAGCCCCGGGGUCAGCGGCUACUACGUCACCUACGAGGAGGCUGGCGGCGUUCCCCGGGAGCUCACCCCCCGCCCCCACUCCUCUCGCAGCUACGCCACCAUCACGGGUCUGAAACCAGGGACUGAGUACAUCAUCAAGAUCGUGGCCCUGCAGAAUGCCCUGAGGAGCACAUCUCUCGUGGGCAAGGCUAGAACUCAGCCUGAAUCUCAGCUGCUGAUGCCACAGCUGCCCAUGCCAAACAAACCCACCUCUGACAUCCUGGAUGUACCCGAGGAUGCCUUCAACGACAAGUUGAACAACUUCCGCGACAACAACCACGUGCAGCUGGUCGGUACAGGCGGCCAGGACGGUCUGGGCCAGCAGGGCCAACACAUCUACACAGAGUACCAGAAUCUGGGCCCUAACGGGGGCAGAGACUCCCAGCGCCCCCACCUCCGUGAGCCCUUGAUCUACGUGCCUGUGCCAGGCCCGGACGGCCAGAGAGUGCCCCUGGUCCGCGUCAGCGAGGGACCCCUGCCCGGCCUGCCGUUCGGUUUCCCUGACAACGAGACUGGCAUGACGCAGGAGGCACAGACCCACACCACCAUCGCCUGGCAACCUGUUCCACACAGCACUGAGUACCUGGUGUCAUGCAAUCCCAUCACCCACCUGGAGGAGAAGAGCUUCCAGAUGCAUCUGCCUGGCACGUCCACCAGCGCCACCCUGGUGGGCCUGACCUCCGGAGCGUCCUACAACGUGAUCGUGGAGGCCGCCAGGGGCUCGCACAAGGAGAAGAUCCUGGAGGAGGUGGUUACCGUCGGCAACGCUGUUCCCGGUGAUGUGCUCUCCAACAGGGACGUGUGCUACGACACCUUCACUGCCACCUACCAUGAGGUGGGCUCAGAGUGGGAGCGCAUGUCUGACACAGGCUUUAAACUCUGGUGCAGGUGUCUGGGGCUGGGCAGCGGCCAUUUCAGGUGUGAUUCAUCCAAAUGGUGCCAUGACAAUGGAAACAACUACCGCAUCGGGGAGAAGUGGGACCGCCAUGCUGAGAACGGUCACAUGAUGAGCUGCACCUGCCUGGGCAACGGCAAGGGAGAGUUCAAGUGUGAACCACAUGAAUCUACUUGUUACGACAAUGGAAAGAUGUACCAGGUGGGCAACCAGUGGCAGAAGGAAUACCUGGGAGCCAUCUGUACCUGCACCUGCUAUGGAGGCCAACAGGGCUGGCGCUGUGAGAACUGCCUGAGGCCAGGAGGCCAGACGGAGGUGGACGUGGACCUCCUCCAGCCCGUCCACUCCGACGCCUUCAACCGCUACAGGGAGAACGCCCUGCGCAAACUGAACAUCCAGUGCCCCAUCGAGUGUCUGAGACCGGAGCUGCUAGCAGAUGCCCAGAGCCCCACAGAGUAGAGGGGAGAGGAGAGGCGACACGGCCAGGAGAGAAGACUCCUCCUGGGGAUAUGACUUACCACUUGUCAGCCCCCCCUACCCUGCCACAUCCUGUGCAUACACUUAUUAGUGCUCCAACUAUGGCUGACCCUCCAUAGUCUCAGCUAGCCUCCUCUUCAUGUCUCCUUUUAAAUCAGUAACAGUGCUGGUGUAUAAGACGUUUAAUACGUCUCCACAGUGCUGCUUUAGCCCACCAUGUCUCUGCUGAAAGAGGCGAGGAGACCAGGGAAGGAAGCUAGUUGAAUGGAUUCAAACGCAGCCUUUCUUUAGGACCCUUAUCCUGCUGCUGCUUCUCCAUCACCUCCACACCUUCCUGCCGCCUCACAAAUCGGCCUGGGCCUGGGGUCCCCACACCCACCACAGUGUCAGCCCCCCACCCCCAUAUCCCUCUCCAUGGUCCUCACAAGCAUUCCAUGAGUUUGUUUAUUUGACUGUUCAGAUUGCUGAUUUGAUGUCAUGUUUUUAUGAACACCCCUGGAGACGUUCCAGUGCAAGUGCAGGUUAGGAUGCCCCAGUGCCUUCCAGUAAGCUGUCCUCACUCUGAGGGGGAGGUGAGUUCCUCCUCUGAUCGGAGAUGUUACUCCACAGUCAGGUGAGACUGUAAAAACUCUUGCCAGUUCGGAUGGGACUAUUCUUGUAAACUUCCCUUUUAAAACCAAGCACUGUCUGCCAUGCAAGCAUUUGCAUUAUAUUCCCACAACACCCUGCGGUUUCCUGGCUCCCUCCUCCUGUUAGUGCUGUAGCGAACUCGACCUGUCUGUGAGGCUAAAUACAGACAUGGCCCCAGGCUCACCACACCAUAGCACCACACGUUAGCUGGUGUUGAUUCUAUGACCUAAUUUGUCCAUUUUCAUCUGUUGCUUCUCCUUUAGGGAAACACACAGAAACACUGUAGUUAGUUACGAUGGCCCGACAGUGCGAUGCAUUCAUUCAUGCUAUUCAGAGUUGUUGUUUUUUUAUGUUUAAAAAAAACUUGUUUUAUUUAUCCCUUUUAUCCAGGCAUUUUGUUUGAAUGCUUUUUGGGGUGUACACUUUUUUUUUUAUAUUGUAGGCGCUAAAGUCUUAACUACUGUGGACUAAAUUCCUUUUUAAUAAACUUUUACAAAAAAACAUAAAA